AUGCCACCAAUCGAGGACUUGCUUGGUGGUGACGGGGCAACGAGGUCUCUAGAAAUAGGCGUGUUUGGAAAGGCCGAAGUCGUCCCCAGGAGCGAGCUCCCAGCACCCAGCGAAGCAUCUCUAAGCUCCGAGAGUGAAGAUUCGUUCGUCCAGGAGUCUUCGUCUCCACUGGAAGAUCAUCUCGAUGAAAGUGGAGGAGACAUCAUACUAGCAGAACUUGUGGACGAUCUGGUUCAAGAUUUUGUCAGAGGCGCAAAAGCGCGUCUCACAUGCAGGCCAGAGGGAUCUCAGCAAUCAUCAUCACGCUCAGGAGAGACUAUUAUCAACAGCUCUGCAGACUACGGGGCCUCAAGCACAACCAGCUACAGUACAUCCUGUUUAGACCCCACUAAACAGCGCCGGAGCCUGGACGACGACCCUGGAGACGAGGGUAGAGAUCCGAAAAGGAUCCGUGGUGAUGAAAAUGAGCCGGAGGGUGCUGUAGGAGAGAAACUACUGGCAUGUCCGUACGCAAAGAACGAUCCGAUCCGAUAUUCCGAACGCAACACCAAUCCGGAGGAGACAGCCUACCACAAAUGCGCCAGUAAAAUUCUCACAAACAUCCCUCGACUCAAACAGCACCUGUAUCGUGUCCAUAAGCGACCUGAACACUACUGCUCAUCAUGUUUCAAUGCGUUCGACAACGAACAGAGCUGUGAACUUCACCAACGCGAGAGAUCAUGCCUGGCGAUUGAGUGUCCGUUCAAGGACAAGAUGAAUCGGGAUCAAUGUAAAGAUGUCAAGAGACGCAAAGUUGGCGGGAGCUGUGUGGAAGCGUGGUUCUCAAUAUUCAAAACCCUGUUCCCAGGGGCGCGACUUCCUGAUAACCCUUACGUGGAAUGCACCGAGGCCCUGCUCGCAGGCCGAAUUGUUGGUGAAUUCACAGCGUUUGCGGAGUACGAAGCUCCCAGGAGGCUGGCCGAGAGAAUGGCAAUCCCUCUUUUCGGCGCCGGGUACGAAGUGGAACUCCAAUGGAGACUGAACCAGGUUCUCGAAGAGUCACUACCUCUCGUAUUGUCGGAGCUGCGACAGCAGUUUUCAGUUCUCAAUGAAGCUCAAGUGGGCACGAUGAAUCAGCUGAGGCUUGCUGAUGCCGAGCAAUAA